UGAAGAGUCGCCAUUCUUUUAUUCAGUACGACUGUUUGGAACAAUGGCAUCUGCACACAUUGUCUUCUAUCUGAUAUGUUUGUUCUUGGGUGUAAUUGCUCAGAAGAACAACAUGCAUUUAUCCUCCUCUGUUCAUGAAGAAGCACGUUUUAUAUCAGCUAAAUCUGGAGACAGAGUGACUUUACAUUGUUACUAUGAACAGAAUGUUGCUGCACGUUUUUACUGGUAUAAACAAACUUUAGGAGAGAAACCAAAACUCAUUUCUACCUUCUAUAAGUCAAAAACCAAUUUUGUACAAUUUCAUGAUGCAUUCAACAAUAGUGCACGCUUCAGACUAGAUAAUGAAAAAGGAAAUAAUCACCUGGUUAUCUCAGACUUAAGUGUUUCAGACUCAGCAACUUACUACUGUAUAUGUUCCUAUGUGUUCACAUCAACAUUCUUAGAGACAAUUAUUGUCAGUGUCAGUGAUGCUUAUCUAAACAUACGAGCUUUAGUUCAUCAGUCAGCAUCUGAGACCAUCCAGCCAGGAGGCUCUGUAAGUCUGCACUGUAUGGUGCACACUAUGCUGAGCUGUGAUGGAGAACACAGUGUUUACUGGUUCAAAGAUUCUGAAGAUUCUCAACCAGGAUUCAUUUACACCCAUGGAGUCAGGAAUGAUCAGUGUGAGAGGAAAGACAACAAAAGAACACACACCUGUGUCUAUAACUUGACAAUGGAGAGCCUGAAUUUGUCUCACGCUGGGAUCUACUACUGUGCUGUCGCCUCAUGUGGACACAUACUGUUUGGAAACGGGACCAAGCUGGACUUUGGGGUUUUGCAAGAUUCUGCUGCCCUGAUGUAUUUCUUAAGCGCAGCUUUAACACUCACCACCAUCAUCAGUGUGUUAUCAACUUUGUUAGUGUAUAAGAUGAAAAAGAGGAACAACUGCCAAUCCAGAGCAGACUCAAACGCAAAUGAUUCUGUAAAUUUAGAGAGCACCCAAGAGGACAACCUUCAUUAUGCUGCUUUGAGAAAAAUUAGGACGAAAGGAGCAAGAAGACAGACGAGCAACACCCAGGAUGGAUGUGUGUACUCCGGUAUAAAGUAAGCAUAGUAGACAUGAUGAUUUUUAGUAUUACCUUUCUGCUGUAGUGAUGAUUUUGGCAUCUUCUCUUUGGUCUGAAAGAAAAAUAAUUUAACUGCUAACAGCAAUUGAUCACUUGCAUAUUUUUGAAAUUCCUGUAAAUGUAAUUCCAGUAGUUAAUUUGUUUUGGAUUUUGGGUUUGAUGUAUUUUUAAAGUUCUGUUAUUUUUAGUUUUCUGUUUGCAGUUUUUUUGUGCU